AUGAAUAUGCAUGGUGUGAUCCAUCAUUCACGUGCGAGCACAGCAUUAGUAUCAGUAAAACAAGUAGAAAACUCCAAAAAAGUAUGUAUUUCUAAAGCGGUUCAAAGUCCUGAUUCAGUUUAUGUAGAAGAAUGCACACAUAAAAAUUCAGCUUCAGACAUUCUUCCUUUCUACAAUGAUUCAUCUCUUCACCCCCACAGAUCUUUUGAUUUUAACUUGUUAUCUUCAGCCUUUGUUACUACAAACUCUGGUGUGCAACGAGGAGAGGAAGUCAAUCAAACUGACCCGCAUGGAGACUUUUACAGGGAAUUUACUAAGCAGCCAAGUGAUCGUUUAGUAAUUAAUGUUAGUGGUCUCCGAUUCGAAACGCAGAUCAAAACACUUAAUCAAUUUCCGAAUACGCUUCUUGGAAGAGCUCAAUCUAGGGAUCGUUACUACGAUCCAGUUCGAAAUGAAUACUUCUUUGAUAGGAAUCGGCCUAGCUUUGAUGCUAUUUUAUAUUACUAUCAAAGUGGAGGACGUUUAAGACGCCCUGUAAAUGUUCCCAUUGAUGUUUUUUCUGAAGAGAUUAAAUUUUACGAUUUGGGUGAAGAAGCCAUAGAGCGGUACCGAGAGGAUGAAGGCUUUAUAAAGGAAGAAGUAAGAGUCCUUCCAAAUGACGAAUUUCAACGGAAAGUCUGGCUCCUCUUCGAGUAUCCUGAAAGCUCAACUGCCGCAAGAGUGAUUGCCAUCACCUCCGUUAUUGUCAUCGUAUUGUCAAUUGUCAUAUUCUGUGUUGAGACUCUACCCCAUUAUCGACACUAUAGAGUAGAAUCACCACAAUCAGAUUCCCAUCUACCGACAAUCGUCGAAGACGACUUGCCACAGUUAAACGAGCCAUUUUUUAUUAUAGAAACAAUGUGCAUCAUUUGGUUUACAUUUGAACUUUUGGUGCGUUUUGCCUCGGCCCCACAAAAGUUAGUUUUUUUUGGAAAUAUUAUGAAUUUGAUUGAUAUUGUAUCCAUAAUACCAUAUUUCAUCACUCUGGGAACUAUUUUUGGAGAUGACUCCAAAGGCCAAAACCAAGCUAUGUCGCUUGCCAUCCUCAGAGUCAUUCGUCUGGUCCGAGUUUUCAGGAUUUUUAAGCUAUCCAGACACUCGAAAGGACUUCAAAUUUUAGGUCAAACGUUGAAAGCUAGCAUCCGAGAAUUGGGCCUUUUGUGCUUUUUUUUGUUUAUAAGUGUAAUUCUUUUCUCUUCUGCUGUAUAUUUUGCCGAAGUGGAUGCAGAUAGUACAUAUUUUCGCAGCAUACCAGAUGCCUUUUGGUGGGCCGUCGUUACAAUGACCACUGUAGGUUACGGCGAUAUGCGACCUGUGACAAUGUGGGGAAAAAUCGUCGGAUCAUUGUGUGCAAUCGCUGGUGUCCUUACAAUCGCCUUACCCGUUCCGGUUAUUGUAUCGAAUUUUAAUUACUUUUACCAUCGUGACACAGAAAAUGAGGACAAGCAAACUUACGUUCAUAUAACAAGUAGUAAUAUGAUUUAUCCAGGUUCUAGCGCAUCUUUUGCGAGAUCUUCCGCAUCAUCUUUUCAUUCUAGCUUUAGUGAAGGAAGUCAGGACACCUUAUCAAAUGGCACUCUUCGAUCAUUGGACAGAACUAGUUUACCUUUUCCUUAUCAUGAUAAGCCUAAUUUGACGUCUUUGAAUCUCAAACGGCGAACCAAAGCGAAGAUAAACUGGCCUCAUUUGUCUCAACCAAAUAUGGGCGAUAAAGAUUUUCCAACUGCAUCGAAUGAAAGAACAGAUAGUGUGGCUCUGUCACCGAUUAUAGCAGAUGAAGCAGAUGUUCAUCAAGGGCAAAAUAGCCUUUCUCCUAUAACUCAGAAGGUUGUCCCAGUUAAGCCAUAUAGAUCAUAUGGAGGUACUGGUGGGAGCAGUGGAGUCAGUGUUCAACGGCAUCAUAUCCAAGAAUAUCAAGAGACCAUGCAGCAGCAUGAAAUGCAAACUCAGAAAUUCAAGGAUAGAAUGUCUCAGCAACAAAAUACCUCUUCGAUCCAAGCGUAUCAAAUCGGAGUACCAGGUGCUUCUCGAUAA